AUGGAUGAUCAACGAGUUAAAGUUGAACAUCAAUUUGUUCAACAAAAAUGGAUUCUACAACAGAAUUCAGUUAAUCUAUAUUUAAGUCAUUGUGGUAUGGGUUCAAGUGUAGAAGGAAUUUAUUUUCAAAAACCUAUAUUAUGCUUACCAAUACAUACCGAUCAAUUUCUAAAUUCAAUUGCAAUCCAAAAUUCAGGUGUGGGACAAUCGUUAUUCGAACCACCAUCUCUACUAGAAUCAUUUCUAAAACCGCAUGAUUAUCAUGAUUAUACUUUUCUAGCUAGUAGUGUAACAACAAAACUAUCUACCAUGUGGAGAAACACUACAUAUGAGCAAGCAGCUCGAUUAAUGUCACGUGACAUGAAACAUGCCGGUGGUGUAAAACGUGCUGUUGAAGAAAUCGAACUGUUGGUAAGUUUAAAUGGUGAUUUGAGUCGAUAUGCACCAUUUCAUAGCACACUACCACUUUAUCAACGUUAUAUGCUUGAUUUAGUGUUUGUUUUUAUUGUGUUACCUAUGACGAUCAUUUUAUAUUUGUUUGUGAGAUGUUGUAAACGAAGUCGAAAGAAAAAAAUUGAUUGA